AUGGCUCCAUUAAUGCACACAGCUCCACCACCAGCAAUCUCAACUCUGCAGCAUUUCACUCAUCCAAAACAUCCCCUCCAUGAGGUUUACAUGGCUACAGAAUACAAUUGUGAUGGGUGCAACACUCUAGGGUUCGGGACUAGGUACCGGUGCGCCACGUGUGAUUUCGAUCUCCAUGAGAUAUGUGCUACGUGCCCCUUAACCCUCCCCUCUCAGCUGCAUUCCCAGCACCAAUUAACCUUGGUGAACCGGGCCGGAAAUGGACACUUCUGUGACCUGUGCGGUGAGCUCGCCAACGGAAUGUUCUACACGUGCAGUGCAUGUGACUUCGACGUCCACCCUCUCUGCACUCAGUUACCAUUGAGUGUGCAACAUGUGCACCACCCUCAACACCUCCUAAAACUUCAGCCAGCAAACCCUAGCUGGUGUGCCCUUUGCCUACGUGCAUGUACAUCGUGGAGGUACCGGUGUGACGUGUGCAAUGUGGAUGUCCACCUGGAUUGCGUUCUCCGCCCAUCGGACGUUCCUAGUGGGCCCGUGGGCCAAUCGUGUACCACAUGGGCCCCACCGUGUGUUGGUGGCUAUUCUGUUGGGGUUCCCUUUUGUGGUUAUGGCGGAAUGAACCAACCUACCAACCAGGUCCAGGGUGGUGGCCCUGGUGGGGUUGGGAAUGGAAGAAAUGGAAGAAAGAUCUACUCUAUUGUGGGAAAGUUAGCAGUCAAAACACUAGUCACUUCCAUUAUUGGGUUCCCAAUUAGCUUUGGUAAUAAAUAA